AUGUUACUUACAAGCAUGAUCAGUCCAUCGCUGAAGAUUGUUCUUCAAUUCCUCGGCGUGUGGCCGGACAUGCCAUACACUUUUUUUCGCCGGCUGAUUUUGAUGUCAAGUAUAUUGAUUGUCCAUUAUUUUCAGCAAUUGUACCUAUUUGCGAACUACAAAUUCAGCGAACUGCAGAAUCUUAUAAGCCCCUUAGCAGUGACAAUAUAUUACAUUAUGACGAUCCUUAAGCUGACGACACUUUGGGUGAAUCGUCGCAUGAUUCGUAAAAUACUGACUGCUAUGGACACUGAUUGGCGCGAGUGCGUUAAGAUCGAUCAGCAUUUGCACUUAAUGAGGACGAGAGCUAGCAACUCGCACUUUUGCACAAUCGUUUUGUUGAGUUUCGACAUACUUACCGCCAUGAUCUACUACGGCGCUGAUAAUGCGAUAGCGAUCAUACAUGUGGUGAAGGGUGACAAUUAUACUUCACGACCGUUUCCUAUGAAGGUGUUAUUUCCUUUUGAGGCUGAGCAAUCGCCCUUCUACGAGUUGCUCGUCGUCUUAUUAUUUCUGAACGGAGUAUUAACGGCGUGUACGGUUGGUGCUAUAAACGGGCUAAUUUUUUCUCUGGUGUUUCAUGUGAGCGGACAAAUCGAUAUCAUAUAUCAUGAGUUGAAAACUAUGUCUGUGAAAGUAUCUUACAACGGAUCUGCUGAAUUUACAAUACAAAUGCUUGUCGAAAAGCACAAUAAAGUCAUCGAGUUUGCCAAUAAUGUCGAUAAGCUAUAUUCUUUCAUAACCUUUUUGCAAGUUUUUCCUAAUACAUCAGUCAUCUGUUUGCUAGCAGUCAUCGCAAUCACAUCUAUUUAUAGUGAAAAUGACGUCGGCCUGGUGCAAAGCGGAUUAGCUUAUAUAGCCAUAACGGCGGAAAUAUUUAUAUAUUGUUUUAUUGGAGAAUAUCUUGGUACUAAGAGUAGGUCACUCGCUGAUGCAGGGUACGACUCUUUAUGGUACAAUAUGUCACCUAGUUACAGUAAAAAUAUAUUGUUCAUAAUAAUGAGAUCUCAGAAACAACUGACUAUCACGGCCGGAGGAUUAAUGAAUUUAUCAUUAGAAGUCUUCACAAGUAUCAUGAAAACUUCAGCAUCAUUUAUAUCUGUUUUGAAUGCAACGUAUUAA